AUGGAACGAAUCAGUAGAGCCAGCCAAGAACCAAUUGCUAUAGUGGGGUUGGCAUUUCAAUUCCCCCAAGGAGCGAUUGAUGAGGAGUCGUUAUGGGAGAAGUUGAUGAACAGAGAAUGCACAUCAACGGAAUUUCCCAAGGAAAGACUGAACAUCGAGGCCUUUCAUAACCCAGAUAUAAAGAGCCAAGGCACGCAGCGAGGCUUGUUGGAAACAACAUAUCAUGCGAUUGAAAAUGCUAGUAUUCGACGAAGUGAUAUCGCUGGCAGUAAUACCUCGGUCCAUGUUGGCAGCUUCUGCAAUGACUACAUGGCAUUCGUUUUGCGAGACGAGGAGCAAAUACCCACCUACAACGCUACAGGAUGCUCACAGACCCUUCUCUCCAAUAGGAUCAGUUGGGGAUUUGACCUACGAGGGACUAGCUUGACGAUCGAUACGGCGUCGUCAACGGCGAUUUGCGCAGCAUCAAAUGUCAUCUUUUCGCCAGAGAACCUCAUCACUCUAUCGAAUAUGAACUUCCUGUCCCCCGAUGGGAAAUGCUUCAGUUUCGACCAUCGAGAGAACGGGUACGCAAGAGGCGAGGGCUUCGCCAGCUUAAUCCUGAAGCCACUCUCUAAGGCCAUAGAAGACGGCGAUACGAUACGCUCCCUAAUCCGUUCGACUAGAUCUAACCAGGACGGCCAUACCACGGGAGGUAUCACACAGCCGAGUAAAGGGGCCCAGAAAAAUCUGAUUGCCGAGACAUAUCAGGUCGCCGGACUCGACCUCAGAGAAACCAGGCUCUUUGAAGGCCACGGAACCGGGACAGCGGUAGGUGACCCCAUAGAAGCUGCCGCGAUUGGCGAGACUUUCCGAAGGUUUCGAAGUGACAAUGAUUCAUUAUUUGUGUGA